AUGAAAAGCCCAUCAAAACUGCCGGCUGUAGCCAGACGCAGUCAUAAUGAAACUCUUUUUGAUGAAGGACGACACUCUCAAAGAACCACGCUUGAAGAGCUCGAAGUAUUUAAAUACAAAUGUUCUGAUGAAAUCCUAGGCUUACAUGAAUUCUUCGUUGAAGAGCCAGCAUCCAAAUGGUGUCUAGAAGCUUUUAUGAGCAAGCUUAUACGGACCUGGACUUCGAAUAAUCAAAAGAAUCCUUCACAAUUUGACCUGGUUUCAAAUCAAGAUUCAAAUAUUCCAAUUAGUUUUGUUGAUUCUUAA